AUGCAAGACACCAUUGGCAUUCCUGCUUGUUUUUCAUCGGGUGAGAAGCCUGCUGAUGAUCCCACAGCAGUAACCAGGUCCGGCCAGAGUGUUUUCAUGUCUGUUUUCAGAACAAAGAUUGCCGACCAGUGUCGUUUAGUAACUAUCACUUGGUACAAGAACCUAUUGCUCCAUGGUCUCUCGGUAUCAGUUGAAGGACCCGGGGGAGAGAGUCAGUAUGGGUGUAAAGUCGAGCUUAAGCCAUGGUGUUUUUGGAGAAAGCAAGGAUCCAAACGUUUUGUGAUCGAUGGUAAACCUGUUGAUGUGUUUUGGGACCUCAAGGCUGCUAAAUUCAAUGGCGAAACCGAUCCCAUCUCCGAGUACUAUGUUGCUGUUGUUUGCGAUAAAGAAGUUGUUUUACUCGUUGGGGAUCUAAAGAAAGAAGCUUAUAGGAAAACUGGCUGCAGGCCUGCACUUAUUGAUCCCAUUUUGGUUUCAAGAAAAGAGCAUAUAUUUGGCAAGAAGAGGUUCUCAACAAGAGUUAAAUUUCAUGAAAAAGGUGGGUUUCAUGAGGUUUCAAUUGAGUGUAAGAAUAAAAAUGUGGAUUCUUUAGGUGGGGUGGUUGGUGUUGAGCCUGAAAUGGAGAUCAGAAUUGAUGGGAAUUUGGCCCUUCAUGUCAAGCAUCUCCAAUGGAAAUUCAGAGGGAAUGAAUCCAUUAAUGUUAACAAAAGAAGAUUACAAGUUUACUGGGAUGUUCAUGAUUGGCUUUUUAGCCCUGGGUUAAGGCAUGCCUUGUUUAUAUUCAAGCCUGUUUCAUCAUCAACAUCAUCAUCGUCCACACCAUUAUCAUCAUCAUCAUCAUCACUGUCAUCUCAAACAGGGAGCAGUGGUUCAUUAGAAGGGCUUAACCAUGGUGGCUCAUCAGAAUUUUGCUUGUUCCUUUAUGCCUGGAAUAUUGAAUGACAUCACCAUCAAUACCAUAAGAUUGUGAACCAAAAUGGGGCUUCAAUCUUUCGUGUUAUGGGACAUCAUGGUGUGGUGAAGGGAUAUUGACUCCAUUAUUGAGCAGAAAAUGGAAAUCACAGCUGGGAUUCAAACAAGUGGCUCAGAAUUGGACAAAGCAACGCACAUUGUAUCACAUUCAUAUACAUGCUCCAAUAAUUCCCACAUCUAGCUGUUUUAUGAAAUUCUUUCUUUUAUUUCUUCUUUCUUGAUCUGUUCUAGAUAAGUGCGCAAGCUCAUAUAUAUAAUGACGAUAAAUUUAUAAUAAAAUCAUUUAACUGCAAGGCUUAUCUGUGAUUAUGCACUGCACAUGGAUACAACUUGCUUUCCCCUUUCAUUGUUUGUUUACCCUCAAUGACUUGAAAAUCUCCACUUUGCUCUAUUAUUGUAAAUGGAUUAACUUCAGUCGAUGAAUGUUUACCCUCAAUGACUUGAAAAUCUCCACUUUGCUCUAUUAUUGUAAAUGGAUUAACUUCAGUCGAUGAAAAUUACAGUAAUAUACACUCCAUCAUCUUUGAUGAAAGAAUUGAUCUUUUAGAAAUAUUUGUCUAGAAAUCGAAACAAAAAUCGGUGCUUUUCAUUCGAUCUGUGCCAACAAGCGACAACAUGUUGUCAUAAACGUCUAUAUACCCGAACGCAUUGGUCCCAGGAGGACACUCUAAAGCAGCAUCAA